UUAUUGGUGAAGAGCCAAGAUUGGGCAAGCAAAGAGUUCUCUAGUUGAUGCCUUAGUGCUUCCAUUCUAUCAUUGCACAAACUCUCUGUCUCUCUCCCUCUCUCUCUCUCUCUCUCAAGUAAUAGACAUUACCUAGCAUAUAGGCAUUAUAUAGUUUGUGCCCACAAACUAGUUAGGUCCAUAAACAGGGGAGACUAAUAGAAGCAAGAUUCUUAUUUUAUUCCUAGUUGUGACCUACGUUAGGAGAUAAAAGACAAAUAUAUAAGGGGGCAGUGACUGGUGAGAGAACAAAGAAGAAGGAAAAAAGAAAAUGGAGAGAGAUAGUGAAAUGAAAUCAUCAAGAUUCAAGAGGGUUUGUGUUUUCUGUGGCAGUAGCCAAGGCAAGAAGGCUAGCUACCAAGAAGCUGCUAUUGAACUUGGCAAAGUUCUGGUUUCAAGGAACAUUGAUUUGGUCUAUGGGGGUGGCAGCAUAGGCCUGAUGGGUUUGGUCUCACAAGCAGUUCAUGAUGGCGGUCGGCAUGUCAUUGGGGUGAUUCCCAAGACUCUCAUGCCUCGAGAGCUAACUGGGGAAACAGUAGGAGAAGUGAAAGCUGUAGCAGAUAUGCACCAAAGGAAAGCUGAGAUGGCGAAGCAUUCUGACGCUUUUAUUGCCUUACCAGGUGGCUAUGGAACUUUGGAGGAAUUGCUUGAAGUUAUAACUUGGGCUCAACUCGGCAUCCAUGAUAAGCCGGUAGGAUUGCUUAAUGUGGAUGAAUAUUAUGACUCUUUGUUGUCAUUCAUCGACAAGGCCGUAGAGGAAGGGUUCAUUAGUCCGAAUGCUCGCCACAUUAUUGUAUCUGCACCAACACCAAAGGAGCUGGUCAAGAAAUUGGAGGAGUACGUGCCUCGCCAUGAACGUGUUGCUUCGAAGCUCAGCUGGGAGACGGAGCAGCUCGGAUACACCCAAGAUUAUGAUUUGUCGAGGUGAAAUUGGUGAGAUCAUUGUUUCAAGAAGGCUAACUUGGGAUUUUAGGAAAAUCUUAUUUUUGUAAAUGUAUAUGGGAAUUGAUAUGAUCCCAUUAUGUGAUACCCACCCCCCUUCCCUCUCUACAUGUUUCGGCGAAUAGUUUUGAUUUGCAAGAUGUAACUACUGAAUUGCAUUAUGUAAUUUCCUCACUAAUGGAAAAGUAUCAUUCCCUUUUGUUGUUCA